AUGGGUAUGAGAGACCCUGCCUACCCUGCACUCUCUACUGAAUCCAGGACAGUCACAGGCUCACAGCUGCCUGGCUCCCCCUCCUCUGCCCUGCAUACAGCCUUCCCUCCCGAAGCGGUCAGCACAGCCUUCCCUCCCAGAGAGUGGUCAGCACAGCCUUCCCUCCCAGAGAGCGGUCAGCACAGCCUUCCCUCCCGGAGAGCGGUCAGCACAUCCUUCCCUCCCAGAGAGAGGUCAGCACAGCCUUCCCUCCCAGAGAGAGGUCAACACAGCCUUCCCUCCCAGAGAGAGGUCAGCACAGCCUUCCCUCCCAGAGAGAGGUCAACACAGCCUUCCCUCCCAGAGAGGUCAACACAGCCUUCCCUCCCAGAGAGGUCAACACAGCCUUCCCUCCCAGAGAGAGGUCAACACAGCCUUCCCUCCCAGAGAGAGGUCAACACAGCCUUCCCUCCCAGAGAGGUCAACACAGCCUUCCCUCCCAGAGAGAGGUCAACACAGCCUUCCCUCCCAGAGAGAGGUCAACACAGCCUUCCCUCCCAGAGAGAGGUCAACACAGCCUUCCCUCCCAGAGAGGUCAGCACAGCCUUCCCUCCCAGAGAGAGGUCAACACAGCCUUCCCUCCCAGAGAGAGGUCAGCACAGCCUUCCCUCCCAGAGAGAGGUCAACACAGCCUUCCCUCCCAGAGAGGUCAACACAGCCUUCCCUCCCAGAGAGGUCAACACAGCCUUCCCUCCCAGAGAGAGGUCAACACAGCCUUCCCUCCCAGAGAGAGGUCAACACAGCCUUCCCUCCCAGAGAGAGAUCAACACAGCCUUCCCUCCCAGAGAGACGUCAACACAGCCUUCCCUCCCAGAGAGAGGUCAACACAGCCUUCCCUCCCAGAGAGAGGUCAACACAGCUUUCCCUCCCAGAGAGAGGUCAACACAGCCUUCCCUCCCAGAGAGAGGUCAACACAGCCUUCCCUCCCAGAGAGGUCAACACAGCCUUCCCUCCCAGAGAGAGGUCAACACAGCCUUCCCUCCCAGAGAGAGGUCAACACAGCCUUCCCUCCCAGAGAGAGAUCAACACAGCCUUCCCUCCCAGAGAGAGGUCAACACAGCCUUCCCUCCCAGAGAGAGGUCAACACAGCCUUCCCUCCCAGAGAGAGGUCAACACAGCUUUCCCUCCCAGAGAGAGGUCAACACAGCCUUCCCUCCCAGAGAGGUCAACACAGCCUUCCCUCCCAGAGAGGUCAACACAGCCUUCCCUCCCAGAGAGAGGUCAACACAGCCUUCCCUCCCAGAGAGAGGUCAACACAGCCUUCCCUCCCAGAGAGAGAUCAACACAGCCUUCCCUCCCAGAGAGAGGUCAACACAGCCUUCCCUCCCAGAGAGAGGUCAACACAGCCUUCCCUCCCAGAGAGAGGUCAACACAGCUUUCCCUCCCAGAGAGAGGUCAACACAGCCUUCCCUCCCAGAGAGAGGUCAACACAGCCUUCCCUCCCAGAGAGAGGUCAACACAGCCUUCCCUCCCAGAGAGGUCAACACAGCCUUCCCUCCCAGAGAGGUCAACACAGCCUUCCCUCCCAGAGAGGUCAACACAGCCUUCCCUCCCAGAGAGGUCAACACAGCCUUCCCUCAAAGCAAAGACAAUCGCUUCAAGAUAGCCUACCUCAUCACGCUGAUGUCCGGGAGGGCACUCACCUGGGCAACUGCUGUGUGGGAAAACCAGCCGGCCAUAUGCGCUAGUCUGGAGUAG